ACUCUUUGGGCAUAGAGAAAAGGUUUGUCUUGUCUCUGUCUUUGGGUUAAUUUUUUUUAAAUUCCAAGAAUUAAUUUAUUUCAUUGAGUAAAAAUACAUUUGUGUUUUGUGAUAGAUAAAAGCAAUGGAGGAACAUGAUAUUCGAGAGUAUUUUUGUAACCUAAUAAAACAAGAUGAGGAUGUAUCCGUUGGUGUCGCUGCGAUAAAAACCCUCAUGGAAAUCAUAAAAAAAUCGGAAAGUUCUACAAUUCAGGGUCUCGAUGAAAACCUCAAACAAGCUAUCACUAUCAUGAAGAAUGCAAACUAUCCUGUAGCAGCUAUAAAUUCUGGAUGUGAACUAUUCAGGAGAUUCAUAACUCUGGCUCAAUUGGAUACAGAUACUUUUGAAGAAUGUAGAAAUAUAUUACUGAGUAGAGGAAAUUUAUUCAUCACUAAGCUCAAUGAAUCUAGGGACAAGAUUGUGAAAUUCACAAAAGAUUUCAUCAGGCCCCGUAGCAAAAUUUUAACGCAUUCAAGGUCCAGAGUAGUAUUGCAAGCAUUCAAAGAUGCUGCUAAACGAGAGAUAGAAUUUGAAGUAUUUGUCACGAUUUCUGAACCAGAUAGAGCUGGUCUCAAAAUGUGCAAAGAAUUAGAGGAUGAUGGCAUUCCAUGUACAGCAAUUUUGGAUUCAGCUGUUGCUUAUGUUAUGGAACAAGUAGAUUUUGUUAUGGUAGGGGCAGAGUGUGUGGCUGAGAGCGGAGGAAUUGUCAAUAAAGUCGGGACGUUCCCAAUGGCCAUAUGUGCCAAAGAACUAAAGAAGCGUUUCUAUGUGCUAGUUGAAAGCUUUAAAUUUUCCAGAAUAUUUCCAUUGAAUAAUCGAGAUAUACCUAAAGAGUAUAAAUAUAUCAAUCCAGAUAAUGUCAUAGACCUCAAAAGAACUCAUCCUUUAGUGGAUUAUACACCACCUACAUAUAUUACUUUGUUGUUUACUGAUUUAGGAAUAUUAACAACUUCUGGUGUUAGUGAUGAACUCAUUAGACUUUAUAUAUAAUUCUUUUCAAAAUGCCUAAAUUUGCGCUUUGCCUUUAUGAUUUUAUAUUAAUGUAAAAAGUUCCAUUGAAUAUUUCCAAAAAUAUAUAUUAUUUAUAAUU